CUUCAUUUCUGUCAGUCCGCCGCGAACCGUUGUGGGGCUAACGUCGUUUUUUCCUUCGAUUACCGAAAUAAAGCCACACCGGCCGUUUUCGCCAGCCGGCAUCCUAAUUUCUUGCAUUAGAAAUUAUAACGGAUUAAAAAAGUGACAAGUUUAUUGAUGAUAGUGACAAUCAGGCUGCAGAUAGCGCGUUAGAUAUUUUCUGUGUGCAACAACAGUGGUAUAUUUCUCGCGAUCUACGUGACUGCAUCUUGUGCGGUGGUGUGUGCUUGCUGAAGUGAGAAGAGAGCGACAAAGAUGAACGGUCUGAACGGUCACAGCAACGGCGACAUGAACGGGGGCGACAUCAUCACGCAGAACCAGCAGCGCGGCUGGUGGACCAUCGGCCUCAUCAACUCGCGCUACCGAUACCUCACCGCCGAGACCUUCGGCUUCAAGAUCAACGCCAACGGCACCAGCCUCAAGAAGAAGCAGAUCUGGACGCUGGAACCCGCCUCGGGGAAUGCUAAUGACAGCAUGAUCUACCUGCGCUCGCACCUGGACAAGUACCUGGCGGUGGACUCGUUCGGCAACGUGACCUGCGAGGGCGAGGAGAAGGAGCCCGGCAGCAAGUUCCACAUCAGUGUGUCGGAGGACGGCAGCGGGCGCUGGGCGCUGCGCAACGUGGAGCGCGGCUACUUCCUGGGCUCCAGCCAGGACAAGCUCACCUGCACCGCCAAGGUGCCCGGAGACGCCGAGCUGUGGCACGUGCACCUCGCCGCCAGGCCGCAGGUGAACCUGCGCUCGCUCGGCCGCAAGCGGUUCGCGCACCUGUCCGAGUCGCUGGACGAGAUCCACGUGGACGCCAACGUGCCGUGGGGCGAGGACACGCUGUUCACACUCGAGUUCCGCGCCGACGAGGGCGGCAAGUACGCGCUGCACACCUGCAACAACAAGUACCUCAGCGCUGGAGGCAAGCUCCAAGACACGUGCACAGCGGUCUGCCUAUUCUCGGCGGAGUACCACGCGGGCGCGCUGGCGCUGCGGGACGGGGCGGGCGCGUACCUGGCGCCCAUCGGCUCCAAGGCGGUGCUGAAGACCCGCUCCACGGCCGUCACCCGGGACGAGCUGUUCUCGCUGGAGGACAGUCUGCCGCAGGCGGCCUUCGUGGCGAAUUUGAACGAGAAAUACGUGUCGGUUAAACAGGGCGUGGACGUAACAGCGAACCAGGACGAGAUCUCGGACCACGAGACGUUCCAGCUGGAGUUCGACUGGGCCACGCGGCGCUGGUACAUCCGGACCAUGCAAGACCGCUACUGGACGCUCGAGACCGGCGGCGGCAUCCAGGCCGCCGGGGAUAAGAAAUCCUCGAACGCGCUAUUCGAGCUGGAGUGGCAGGGCGACGGGUCCGUGGCGUUCCGCGCCAACAACGGCAAGUACCUGAUGACCAAGCGCUCCGGACACCUGUACGCCACCGCUGAUGGAGUUGACGACAACUGCAAAUACUUCUUCUAUCUUAUUAACAGGCCGAUCCUGGUGCUGAAGUGCGAGCAGGGCUUCGUGGGCCCGCGCGGCGUGCGCAUGGAGUGCAACAAGGCCAACUACGAGACCAUCCAGGUCGUGCGCGGGCCCAAGGGACACGUCUACUUCAAGGGCUCCAACGGCAAGUACUGGCACGCGGACAGCGAAGCGGUCUCCUGCGACGCGGACUCGCCCCAGAGCUUCACGCUGGAGCUGCGCGAGCCCACGCGCCUCGCCAUCCGCGCCGCCGACUCGAGGGAGUACCUGGCCGCCGUCAAGAACGGCAACUUCCGCCUCGCCGGCACCGACCUCGCUGCUGCCACGCAGUGGGAGUAUUAGGGGGGGACAAAGGGGGGCACGGGUCACGGGGUAAAACGAUGGCGUCAGCGGCGUG